UUUACCCCCUCGUUUUCCUGUCCUUCACGUCACGUCCCUUUCUUUCUUCUACUCCUGAAAAUCACUCAACUCGUUCUAUUUCUCUCUCUUUCUGAAUGAGGCCUUCUGGGGCGAAAGCCAACUUCUUGCCACCUGGGCUGGUUUCCAAUCUUCAAGACGUCCUUUCCAGCAGAAAACGUGCUGACAAAAAUGAAGAUUCCAGGGAACCCAAAUCGGUUUCAGAUGAUGCUGGAGAGGUUGACGAUACAAAGCCUAUCGUUUUAGUUACAAACGCUGAUGGAAUCGAAUCCCCUGGCCUCACCUAUCUUGUUGAUGCUCUCGUUCGUCAGUGCCUGUACAAUGUUCACGUUUGCGCUCCUCAAUCAGAUGAAUCAACAGCAGGCCAUUCUUUUACUCUGAAAGAAACCAUUGCGGUUACUUCGGCUGAGAUUCAUGGUGCUACUGCUUAUGAAGUUUCAGGGACUCCCGUAGAUUGUGUGUCGUUAGCUUUGUCUGGUGCACUAUUUUCCUGGUCAAAGCCUAUGAUGGUGAUAAGUGGAAUCAACAAGGGCUCAAGUUGUGGCCAUCAUAUGUUUUACUCAGGUGUUGUAGCUGGUGCAAGGGAGUCAUUGUUUAGUGGUGUGCCAUCUAUAUCGAUAUCACUUGACUGGAAGAAGGAUGAAAGUCAGGAAAGUGAUUUCAAGGAUGCCGUACGUGUUUGUUUACCAUUGAUAAAUGCAGCCCUUAGAGAUAUAGAGAAGGGAGCUUUUCUCAAAUGUUGCUUGCUGCAUGUGGAAGUUCCAAAGUCACCUCUGACAAACAAGGGAUUUAAAUUGACUAAGCAAAGUCACUGGAGCCCAAAGCUUUGCUGGCAAGCUAUUUCAGCAAGCAGGAAUCCUGCUGCCGGACGUUUUGUUCCCAAUCAGCAAAUUCUUGGACUACAGCUUGCGCAACUAGGCCGAGAUGCUUCUGCAGCGGGUGCUGCUCGUCGGUUAGCCACACAGAAAAAGAAUAUAGAGGAGGUUGAAUCUGUUGGUGCAGCAGGGAAAUCUGAUCCGAACCGGAAACCCAAGUACUUCAGAUUGGAGUUACUUGACAAGAAGCAGGAAGAAGAGGAUGAGGAUUUAGAUUUUAGAGCUCUUGAAAAUGGCUUUAUAGCAGUCACUCCAGUCUCUCUAUCAAUGUAUGUAGAAGAAGAUGUUCAUGCGGCUGCUUCAGAGUGGAUUUCAACUGCAUUAGAAGUUGCACGAUGAAAUUCAUCCAGUCACACCUGAUCAGUAACCUUUUGUACAUUUCAAGAUGAGUUGAACAUGGGGUCAUAUAGGUUACCCGUUGAUUGUUGAUUUGUUUUUGUCUAUUACCUCAUCCUUUUGUAUUUUGUAGUGAAUCUAAUUCACCAGGUGAUGAUUCAGAAGUGCCAAUUUUUUUUACUUGGUACCACAGGGUUGUGUUGUAGGUUCCUUUAUUGACGAAGUGUUGGUUAGGCAGAAUAAUUAGGUUAUUCUUUUCUACCUUGUAUACAUAUAUAAAAACACCUAGAUGAAAUAUUAGUGGAAUGUUGUUUGUUACCUGAUAUGCUGAAAGUUGAGUGCUUGUUUAUUAGUACCAGAUUCUUUGUGCACAAA